AUGUCUGGGAUAUGUCGCCCACGCUUAGCUGAGGAGCGCAAGCAAUGGCGCAAAGAUCACCCCUUUGGAUUUUACGCGAAGCCCACGAAAGCGGGAGAUGGAUCGAUGAACCUACUUGAGUGGGAGGUCGGUAUUCCUGGAAAGGCCGGAACAGCUUGGGAGGGCGGCACGUAUAAACUGAUGAUGAACUUUCCCGACGAUUAUCCCUCUAAACCACCGAAAUGCAAAUUCACCCCGCCGCUUUUCCACCCUAACGUCUAUCCGUCAGGAACUGUAUGUCUAUCGAUCCUUGACGAAGAUAAGGGGUGGAAGCCUGCGAUCACUAUUAAGCAGAUUCUCCUAGGAAUUCAGGAUCUCCUUGAUGAUCCGAACGUAAAUGAUCCAGCUCAGAGCGAUGCCUACACAAUGUUCAAGAACGACAAAGCCGCAUAUGAGAAACGAGUAAGAGCUCAAGCUAGGGAUAACACACAGAACCCGCAAGCAAGCAACUCGGGCUUCCUGCGCAGCCCGCUUUUCAGUAUGUCUUCCGAACACUCCAUCUUAAACGUGCACACGCCGACUUCAUCAUUUGCAAUCAUCCAUUCAACUGCCACGGAGCCACUUGAGACGCUCUACGACAAAUUGAGUCGAAAGGCGCAUACAGACUACCAUGGCAAGCGCGUAGGACCUGGGUGGCUCAAGUAUGAGUUCAAGGAUUCGGUGUGGAACCUCGACGAUGAAUCCGAUUACACUAUCUUCAACUGGAGGCUGCAGGGGGAAGAUAUGAGCGGAGGUCUCGACGUGCCUUCGAGUUCGACGGCACGUCCAUCAGAAAGUCCAUCGCCCACUUUGUACCUUCACGAUCCCACACAACCGCUUCCAAGUCCCCCAGCAUACAUCAAUCCUUCUUAUUACGCGUUCCGUCCAUCGACUGCGCGCGAAGCCGCUUCCCGUUCAGUCUCGUCUCAAGGCGGGGCCGGGAGCACAAAGACAAAGCAUACGAAGAGAAGCAAGCACGACAAGCCUGAGGCCGGUGGGUUACUUCAAUUCAGAAAGGAGUUUGAGAAAUUCCACGGGGAGAAUGGGGUUCGCACCGUCAUGGGUAGCAUUGGUCCGGUCCAGAACGUUCGGAUGCUCCUCAAGUCAGGGUACAGACACGUCUACAUAUCUCGCAAGUUUGCGUUGCAACAUGGCUUCAUCCCGGAGGAUGCUACCCCAGGACUAUAUGGAUAUGGCGGCUUGGUCAAUAUAGGGACCUGGCCAAUCUCAUUGACGCCCUCUUCGACGUUUUCUUCCCAUCCAAACGACCCGCCUCCUCCACCCCAGCAUCUGUCAAAGAAGCGGAACGGGAAGCUGAAAGACAAAGCUAACGGUGGCCCACAGCCAACGAUGAUGCCCGUAUACCUCUCAGAGGAACCUCAUUUCGACGUCGUGCUGGGACGAUCGUUCUUCGAACGCAGACAGAUACGGACAAAUGCCGUUGAUCCUACGGAUGUGGUCUGCAUGGACACUGGGGAGAAAAUAGAGUGUGAACUGGUGAUUCUGAAGGAUGGCAAGGGUGAUAUUGUUACAGUAACGUGA